GCAGGCGCAGAAAAAGAAAACCCACCCCCUCCCGGCUUGUUCCUCGGUUCACUCGCGCGCGCGGCACCUUGUUGUCGGGGCGGGCGGCGGUUAAGAACGGGUCACCCGGGCGCGUCGGCCAGCGCCGUCUCUUCUCCCCUCUGCUCGCCGCGAUGAAGAUCUGGACCUGCGAGCACACCUUCGAUCACCCCUGGGAGAUGGUUACUACAGCUGCUAUGCAGAAAUAUCCAAAUCCUAUGAACCCCAGUGUGGUUGGAGUUGAUGUUCUAGACCGACGUAUAGAUCCUAGUGGAAAGUUACAUAGCCACAGAUUGCUCAGUACGGAAUGGGGGAUGCCAUCAAUUGUAAAAUCACUCAUUGGUGCUUGUAGAACAAAAACAUAUAUACAAGAACACUCCAUAGUUGACCCAGUGGAGAAAAUAAUGGAGCUCAAAUCUAGUAAUAUUUCAUUUACAAAUCUGGUGUCAGUAGAUGAGAGACUAAUCUAUAAACCACAUCCUCAAGAGCCAGAAAAAACCAUUUUGACUCAAGAAGCAACAAUCUGUGUGAAAGGGGUUAGUGUCAGUAGCUAUCUAGAAGGUCUAAUGGCAAACACAAUCUCUUCUAAUGCUAAAAAAGGACGUGAGGCAUUGGAAUGGGUGAUCAACAAGUUGAAUGUUGAAAUAGAAGAAUUCACUGCUUCAGCAAGAGGAAACAUGAGGUCACCUAUGGCGGCGGCAGCCUUUGUGGGAAAAUAGUAUCAAGCUAUAUAUGUCUACAUCAGUGGAUAGACCUGUGUGUCUGAAACGAACAGUUAUGAACUGCUUCAAGCUGGAAUACUAUUUAUUCUUCUAUUUAAAGAAAGUGUAUCUGUAGAUUAGAUUUUUAGAUUAAAAACUUGGAGAGAAGUUGCAUACAUUUGUAAAUGAAGGUAAUGUGCAUGACUGUGACUUCUGUUUGAACAUUCCUUCCAAGUGAAGAUAAUUCAAACAUUCAAGACAGGUUCCUGUAUUUUCAGGAAUCUCUUACACUUUUCCAACCUACAAUAGCGCACCAACAGAGCAGGCUGUGGAAGGCUACCCUAUUGUUGAUUCCUACUUUAACAGAAUUCAGGUUUACCUGGACUCUGCCACUUCGGGGACCAUCCCAAAAAUGAAGCAUAAUCAUUCUGGACACAGUUGUGUUUGUGUUUUGGGAAGCCUGUGAUAAGACUUGGGUUGGAUGAGCAUUUAUUACUUGAAAUAUGAUCACAUAUAUGAAAACAUUUUUUGUAUGCUGCUGUCAUUAAUGUUACAAUUUGCUAACAUAAAGGAAGUGGUACAUAAUACCUGUCAAAUACUUAACUUAAAACUUUGAUUUAAGAAAGAGUUGCUUCAUAAUUUUAAAGUACUACCGACUAAAGAUGUAUACUAGCCACACUUCUGAAUUUGACCAAAGCUGCAUGCUAUAUAGUUAAGGGGGGAAACUUGGCUCGAAAGUACUCGGUUCAUGUCCAUCUGGAAACUUGGUUCUUGGACAGGGUAUUGUAACCUUUGAAAAACUUAAUUUUCAGACAGAGGUUCAUUCUUUGGUUCUGUCAUUUCAAAGAACUGGAAUUUAUAUAAAAAUGUAAGCUCUGGAGUGGAAUUACAUCGUUCCUUUUCAAAUGUACUGUAACAUUGCUAAACGAGUUGCAUGAUCAUGAUUUACAUGCUUGCACUUGGCAAGAUACUGGACUAUUGGAAUGUCUUAAAUCUUACUUUGUACUUCUUUGUUAUGUCUAAGGAACAAAAUGUAAUAAGUGGCUUAAUCUUGUCACUUGGUAUUCUUGAGCUCCAUAGCUAAAAUGGCACUUAACAACAUUUCUCCUUUCCCCCUCACCUUUCACAGGGCAAUAUUUGUAGAAAACGUUAUUAGAACAGAAUGCUAACUGCAAUGACAUUUACUUUAACAUAGGUAUUCUGUGGAAGAAAAAGAUGCACCUUUAUUCACCAAGUUGCAAACCCUAAUAAAGUUGCAUUCAAAGGUCCCGUUAAAAUGUGAGGUGGUGUGUGAGAAACCUUUCUGGAGGAGAGGAACUGUAUUAUCUCCCUGAAGAUUAUUACAUAAUGACUAGUGGAAGAACUAAGAGGUUUGAGUGUUUGAUAUCUCCCCUAAUUCUGCAGGUUUUCUAAAUCCAUGUUUGUUUGAGAACACAAGUUUUCAUGCAUGCAAUUUUCUAUGCCACAUAAGCAUUGUCUGUCAAUAAGGAAUGCAGAGCUAAUUUUGAGAGUGCUUAUUUGGAUAGAAAUUUGUGUCUCAUUCAUCAAAUGGUGGGGGUGAAGCGAAUAUGCCUAGACACAAAUGUUUACUUUGAAUUUUAAAUAUUUUUCUACUUAGGUUUUACUACUGUCUACUGCAUUUGUAACAAUGCAAAAACAUUAAUAUCUGGUGUUUUUUACAUAUUGAAAAUGUUCUUAACUUGAAAUUAAAAUGUCAAUAAUAGUGCUCA